AUGGGACUUCGUGCUCCAAGUCUGGCACGACGCCUGUCUCGAACUUCGACACCUCGGAGUAAUACAGCACUCGUAACACGCCGAUCCUUGACCUUUUCCUCUGGUCGCGAUGCGUUGAGCUUCAACCAGCUUCGGACCGCCGAGGCUGUCGCAAAGCAUGCCCGCAACUUGACCGCAAAGCCGGUCUAUACACCAUCAGGCCCGCACACGCGACGGACAGUUUCGACGACGACAAAGGCAUCAACAGAAGACCCCUCCACUCUCGCCGGAGCCCCCGAUACCACAAACCACUACACAAUUUUCCCCCAGACCCUCCCCGCUGGGCCCCCUCCGCACUCACCGUUCGAAAUCUCCGUUGCUGAUCUGCGCCGCGAAUUCCUCCAACUCCAAGGAGCCGUACAUCCAGACAAGUACCCCUCCGGCACGGACAAGCAACGCGCCGAAGCGCUUUCUUCCCGCAUCAACGAAGCCUACCGGACUCUCUCUGAUCCAUUACAGCGGGCGCAGUACUUGCUUCGCGAAUGGCACGGCAUUGAUGUCACGGCCGAAGAUGGAUCGGCGAAGCAUGCCUUGGACGCUGGGACCUUGAUGGAGGUGAUGGAGGUGCAGGAGACGAUUGAGGAAGUGGGGGCGUCGGCGGACGCAGAGGUUCAGAUUGAGGCGUUGAAGGAUGAGAAUGAGGAGCGGAUUGCCGGUUGCGUGAAGGCGUUGGCGGCUGCUUUUGAUCGGGGAGAUGUUGAAGGUGCGAGAGCCGAGUGUGUCAAGUUGCGGUUUUGGUAUAGUGUCGGGGAAGGGUUGAGGGAAUGGGAACCUGGGAACACGGAGAUUCGGUUGAUGCAUGGUGAGUAG